AUGCUCAACAGCAGCGGUGGUUAUGUCUCAAGGGAGACGGUGAACCAUGUGCUGACAAUCCCGCCCAUCUCCUCGGAGGAGCAGACAAUACAGAGAGAGAAAAAUGCCUGCCUCAUAACGUCUCCCUGUCCUCCUGGCUGCUGCUGCCCUCGCCCAGGAUUCCUGGUCUUGUGCGAGUCUCUGGGUCUCAGGUCGCUCCCUCGCUUUGUCCCUCUCAGUACCUCGGCCCUGUCUGUUGCCAGAAACCAGCUGUGCAACGUGGACCACCUGCUGCGGCCCUUCUCCGACCUACAGGAGCUGAGCCUCAGUCAUAAUCUGCUGGCCCGCUUCCCUCGCGGCUUGCCCCCAAGCUUGGAGUCUCUGCUGCUGCAAGAAAACCGCAUCACGUACAUCACCUCAGGCGCCCUGCGACAACUGGGGAACCUCACUCACCUUGAUCUGGAGGACAACCGCAUCCGUGCCAUCCAACCUGGGGCACUUCAGAGUCUUAACAGGCUGCAGGUCCUGACGCUGAAGGGGAACAAGCUUACAAGCCUCCCUCUGAAUCUUCCUCCAUCACUGACCCAUUUGGACAUCUCAGAAAACUGCAUCUCUGUCCUGGACCUGCCCUCGCUGUCCGCCCUGGUCAACCUGCAGGUCCUGAAGAUCAACAGCAACUGCCUGCGUUCAGUCCCAGAGAGCGCCUUUGACGGCCUGCCACGCCUCAGAUCUGUGGACCUCACCAACAACCUGUGGGUGUGCGAGUGUGACAUCUUGUAUCUUUACCGCUGGCUGCUGAGUGGCAGGCUGAGGAUGGCCACAGACCUGGUGUGCACCGAGCCUGUCCAUCUUGCUCACCGCCUGCUUCUGAAUCUCUCCGUCAUUGCCCUCUGUCCUCGUGUCCUGAAGCCAAAUGAGAGGACAGAGCAGCUGGACCUCAACUCUGGAAUGGAAAGAAGGCUGGAGACACUGACAGUGAAGCCCACCGGACCAAGCUCAUUUCAAAACAAGAGGUAUUCUGGGAAAAUGUCAGAGCGGAUAGAAACCACCGUUGGACUUCUUUCCAACAGUGUUCAUAAGACCCAUGUGUUACUUGACCACUACUCUUUAGAGACCCUAACCUAUGAAGAGUGCUCGUCCCUAAAUAAAACACAAUCAGUCAGCCCACCGCAUUUAAAAACCACCUCUAUCCCCGAUGAGCAACAGAAAUGCAAAGACAACAUCACAGGCCGGUCCCCUCACAUCAAUGCAACCUCUGCUGAAGGGACUCGAUCUUUGUUCUCCACUAACAGAGAUGCGCCCUGGCCAACUCGCGACCCACAAUCGUUCACUCAACAAGACUCUGCAGUGGUCAUCUCUCUGCUUGCUGUGUUGUGUGUAUUAGUAGCUCUCCUAAUGCUGGCAGUGCUGCUUGUACUGAAAAAGUUACUCGUGCGGCAGCAGCAGGUGGCUCCGCUUGAUGUAGGAUCUGGUGGAUGA